GUGUGCACUGACGGACCGGAGAGGAACACCGACACUGAACCGGGAACAACCGGGACGGACGCGUUCUCCAAAUCUCCGGUCAGCGCGAGACACAACCGGAAACGUUGCGGACCGACAGGGAGCUGCGGGACGAGCUUCUCCGGUUGAGCCUGGACAGACCCCGACUCUGUCCUGCUUCCCUCCUCUUCUGUUUCUUCUUCUGUUUCUUCUUCUUGUUCUGUUUCUUCUUCUUGUUGUUCUUCUUCUUCUUCUUUUUCUUCUUCUCCUUCUUCUUCUUGUUCUUCUUCUUCUUCUUCUUCUUCUGGACACAUGAAGCUGCAGGAGGCAUCAGACUGACCUGAGCAGCUCGUCUGACAGGUUGCUGGGCUCCUCGUCAGUAUGCCGUCCGGCUGGUGGCCUCCCUCCUUCCUCCUCCUCCUCCUCCUCCUCCUCCUCCUCGCGCCGUCAGGUGAGUCCUCGCUGUCAGCUGACAACACCUCAGGGGAUCUUCAGGAGGUGAUCCUGGCAGCCAUCUUGCCCCUCACUAAUACAGACUAUGCGUGGGCGUGGCCCCGCGUGGCGCCGGCCCUCCACCAGGCGGUGCGGCGGGUGAACUCUGACCCCUGGCUGCUGCCGGGCCUAAAGCUCCGGCUAGUUAACGGCAGCUCAGAAAACCGCGACGGCUUCUGCUCGGACUCUAUGGCACCACUAGUUGCUGUUGACCUCAAGAUGUCCCAUGACCCCUGGGCCUUCAUCGGCCCCGGCUGCGACUACUCCUCCUCGCCCGUCGCCCGCUUCACCACCCACUGGGGGGUUCCCAUGGUGACAGCCGGCGCCCGCGCUAUCGGCUUCGAGCUCUACGCCGCGGUGACCAACACGGGCCCCACCCACAAGAAGCUGGGGGAAUUUGGCGCCAGGAUCCAGGAGAAGUUCGACUGGCGGCACGCCAUGCUCAUCUUCAGUGACAACAAGGACGCCAACGACGACCGGCAGUGCUACUUCGCCAUCGAGGGGCUGUACACGCAGCUAGGCAACCGCAGCAUCAGCACCCGGGACCACGUCAUCGAGGACGACGUCAACUUCAAGUCUCUGGUGCAGGACAUCAGAGAGAACGGCAGAGUUGUGUACCUGUGCUGCUCCUGGGACAUCUUGAGGAGUCUGAUGGUGCAGUUCUGGAAGGAGGGGGUGGAUUUGCAGGAGUACGUCUUCUUCUUUAUCGAUCUGUUUGCCGAGGGCUUGGGGGGGCGAGGCCCCGUCAGACCCUGGUACCGAGGGGACCAGGACGACUCCACCGCCCGACUCGCCUUCAGGAGCGUGAAGGUGUUGUCGUACCUGGAGCCUCAGAAUCCAGAAUAUCGUCAGUUUGUUGAAACUCUGAAGAGCGACGCAAAGAAGUUAUUCAACUUCACCAUCGAAGACUCUCUGUACAACCUGAUCGCCGGAGGCUUCCACGACGGAGUGAUGCUCUACGCUCACGCUCUGAACGAGACCCUGGGCCAGCACCGAGGACCGGGGGGGGUCCUGAGACCCAAACGGGACCUGGUGACCAGGAGGAUGUGGAACAGAACAUUCCCAGGAGUGAUGGGUGUGGUGGAGAUGGACGAGUUGGGGGACAGACAGAUGGACUUUGCUGUUUGGGACAUGACGGACGUCGACUCUGGAGAGUUUCAGGUGGUGUGUGUGUACAACAGCAGUAGAAAACAGCUGCUCAUGCAGAGUGGGCGGAGCUUCCAGUGGCCAGGGGGAGCUCCGCCUCCAGAUGUUCCGGAGUGUGGCUUCAAGAACGACAAGCCGUCGUGCCUCGCACGUACAGUCUCGAUGCAUCAGAUGGUUGCCAUAGUGAUGUCUUUCAUCUUCGUCAUCAUCGUCACGGUGACCAUCUUUAUCUGCAGGAAGCUGAAGCUGGAGAGCGAGCUGGCUGCUCAGCUGUGGAGAGUCUCCUGGGACGAUGUCCAGAUGAGCAACCUGGACAAAGUCCUGAAGAGAGCCUGCAGCCGCCUCACCAUGUCUCUGAAAGGAUCCAACUACGGCUCCCUCAUGACCAUGGAGGGAAACUUCCAGAUCUACACCAAGACUGGAUACUACAAGGGAAAUCUAGCUGCCAUCAAAUAUAUCAACAAGAAGCGUGUAGAGCUGACCAGGAAGCUUCUGUUUGAGCUGAAACAUAUGCGUGAUGUCCAGAACGAGCACCUGACUCACUUCAUCGGCGCCUGCAUCGACCCCCCGAACAUGUGCAUCAUCACAGAAUACUGCCCCAGAGGCAGUCUGCAGGACCUGAUGGAGAGCGACAGCAUCACGUUGGACUGGAUGUUCAGAUACUCGCUCGUCACUGACAUCGUCAAGGGGAUGAGCUUCCUCCACAACAGCGUGAUCCUCUCCCACGGGAACCUGAAGUCGUCCAACUGCGUGGUCGACAGUCGCUUCGUCCUGAAGAUCACGGACUACGGUCUGCAGAGCCUCCGGGGGGGCUGCCCCGAGGACACACACGCCUACUACGCACGUAAACUGUGGACGGCUCCAGAACUGCUGAGGUCCGACUGCCCCCCCCCCGGGGGAACUCAGAAGGGAGACGUCUACAGCUUCGGGGUCAUCCUGCAGGAAGUGGCUCUGCUCAGAGGAGUUUUCCACCUCGACACUCAAACCCUCAAUCCUAAAGAGAUCAUCCAGGCGGUGAUUCGGGGUGCCCCCCCCCCCCUGCGUCCCUCCCUCUGCUUCCACAGUCACAGCGAGGAGCUCGGAGUCCUGAUGCAGCGCUGCUGGAGCGAAGAGCCGAGUGAGAGGCCGGACUUCAGCACCAUCAAGAUCCUGCUGGGGAAACAACACAGAGGUUAUGGUUCAAACAUCCUGGACAACCUUCUGUCUCGGAUGGAGCAGUACGCCAACAACCUGGAGGAGCUGGUGGAGGAGAGGACGCAGGCGUACCACGAGGAGAAACGCAAGGCUGAAGCACUGCUCUACCAGAUACUACCACAUUCAGUCGCUGAGCAGCUGAAGCGAGGGGAGACGGUUCAGGCUGAAGCUUUCGACUCGGUCACCAUUUACUUCAGCGACAUCGUGGGCUUCACCGCGCUGUCUGCUGAGAGCACGCCGCUGCAGGUCAGUGGAACCCGCUCAGCAGAACUCAGCAGAACUCAGCAGAACUCAGAACCCUCCAUCCAGGAACCUGCAGCAGGAGGUUUAAUGUGGUCUCUCUACCUGCAGGUGGUCACUUUUCUGAACGACCUCUACACCUGCUUUGACGCCAUCAUCGAUAACUUUGAUGUUUACAAGGUGGAGACUAUUGGCGAUGCCUACAUGGUGGUGUCUGGGCUGCCGGUGAGGAACGGUAACUUCCACGCCCGGGAGGUGGCCCGGAUGUCCCUCGCCCUUCUGGACGCUGUGAAGAGCUUCAGGACCCGACACCGAGCCAAUCAGCAGCUGCUGCUCCGCAUCGGCAUACACAGCGGUCCAGUUUGUGCCGGUGUGGUCGGGCUGAAGAUGCCCAGGUACUGUCUGUUUGGAGACACGGUCAACACAACGUCACGCAUGGAGUCCAACGGAGAGGCUUUGAAGAUUCAUGUGUCAGAAGCCACUCGUCAGGUUCUGCUGGAAUUCAGCUGCUUCACAUUAGAGCUCAGAGGAGAAAUCCAGGUGAAGGGGAAAGGUCCAAUGAGGACGUACUGGCUGCUGGGAGAGGAAGACAACUGACAGAGGACCACAACUGACAGAGGAAGACAACUGACAGAGGACCACAACUGACAGAGGAGGAUACUGACAGACUGAGGAAAUGUGGAAAGAAACAACUAGCUGGUGUUGGCCCCUCCCUCCUCCUCUCCGAUUGGACAGUUACCUCUGACAUAAGAAUGUUUCGUGUUAAUAAAUCAAAUAUUGUGUAAAUAACAAAAUAAACUGUUAUAAUAUGUUUGUGUAACUAUUAACUCCAGGAUAAAAGUUCCAAAUCAGCUAUUUUUUAUGUUCUGCUGAUUAUUGCUAAAAUACAAAUGUGUGUUUUCCAUAAAAUGACUACAGAUGAAUAGUUUUUUCCAGAAAACAUGGAGGAUAUAGAAAGUAAUAAUUUACGGUGAGGUGGUUCAUGUGAAUCUUCAGAGAUCAAUCAUUGUGUUUCAUCAGAGCCUCUUUGAUUUGAGCAGGUUGUUUUCUGCUCUCAUUUCAAAUCACUGAACUCUAGUGAGUCGUCCACAUGUUUUUAACAUGAAGUCAGGACUCCCUCACAUCUCUCACUUGUCUUUGAUUUUAAUGUUGUAGUAUUUUAAGCUGCAGAUGAUCAAUAAAGUUUAUUUAAAUCAUAA